AUGCAAAUAUCUCUAAUGAUUGCUUGUUCUUUUCCAGCUAAUCCCUUUACAAACAUAACGGUCACAGUCCCUCCAGAAAUUACUGACCCACCGGAACCAAAGCCUUUACUUGCCACCAGAGAAAACCAUACUUUGACCUGCAAUGCAUCUGGUGACCCUCUUCUCAAGAUUUCUUGGACAAAAGAUGGCAUUCCUGUGGAUAGGUUUAAUGUGAGAGGUUACCAGCUUUAUUUGCUUAGCGCGAAGUUGGAGGAUGUAGGAUCAUACGGUUGUAAAGCUAGUAAUGGAUAUGGAGAUAAUGCCACCAGUGUCAGCAUCGUUGACAUAAGAUCCUCAUCCAACGUGGAUGAAAUUGUUGAAAGAAUUUCAAGUGCUGUGUUAAAUGCUCUUUUAGAGAAAUUUUCAGAAACAGGAAAUGUUGUGUUAGCAAUUAAUUUUCAACAGAAAGACGAUCAUAAUUUACUUUCUGAUGAGAGAUCAGCUGCUGCCAGUGUCCCCAUGUCCCCGGGCCAUUGCUGUCUUCCUUUCUUCAUGGCUCAAGGCAAAACCGUGAAACGAUUGAGAAAAAUUGGCGCCUUAGCGAAUACGAGCUUCCUCAACAAGGUCAGCACAAGGAGAGUGGAAAAUUGUUGCCAAAGAUGUGAGUCGGAAUUCAGAAUCAGCCAAAAACCUUCCAAUCCCACUAUUGUGGUGCUUGGAGUAAACAGCAGCCAAGUCAAACUUGACUGGCGGUAUUCUAAUGCACCAAGUCAGUAUUUCGUUCAGUUUUGGAGACAGAAAACUGGUGAAAAAAUUACACAAAUAUCAUCAAGCAAGAAUGGGAAUGCGUUCGACCCGAGCAACACAGAAGAAUUCGUUGCUCGGCUUGAUGCUACGCUAAUACUUAAGAGCGUGAAAGCAAGUGAGAAAUAUACCUACAGUCUUUAUUUGCUGGAUUCUAAUGCCAUAGUGCUAAAGACUCACGCAGUUUUUAUCAAAGUAGUUGGAAUUGAAGUUUGGUGGAAUGAUGUCAUGGAGGAGAUGAAAAAGUAUCAACCACUUGUCAUUGUGCAAACAGCUUUGAUCAACAAGUUUCUCUUUUUUACUGAUAGAUCUGGUAGUGUCAUUGCUAAAGUAGAGAUGAAGUUUGGUAAAUCUGUCACUGACCCUUUGAAACCACUGGAAGAUGAAAUCAAAGAUGGAAAGCUUGGGGCAUUCGGAGUUAAAAGGGAACUUGAUUUGAAUCCAACUACUCUGCCACCUACCUUCUCUUCUUCAAAAACGUCAGAGAAACCGGAAGGGCCUUCAGCUGGAGCUCGCACCUCAAAAUUGACACAAAGUGAAUUGUGGGGUAUCAUAGGAGGAUGCAUUGCAUUUUUUCUCGUUGUCAUCAUCAUUAUUGUGGUGUCCUGCAUUUGCUGUAGGAAAAAGAAAAGUGGUGGUGCUUCAAAAGGUGGUAGGAACAAAUACAGUGAAGCUGAUGGUUACCGCAUGAACAAGCAGCCUCCUUCAGGACUUGGUACAGCCAGUCCAGCAUAUGUUGAGGCCAGGCAGUAUGCCCCAGUUUCUUCUGCAAUGAGACAGGAUGAACAACGAAAAGGACCAAACUAUAUGGAGCCUGCCUUUGGCAACUCACCUGCAUCUUACAAGCAGCCUCCCCCAUACUCAGCCACAGAAUACAGUGAGAUAGCUUCCCAGAAAGGAGGACAGCAGGGAGAGGGUGGUGGCUUUGAGUUGUGGUGCUAAACUUGUAAAUGAAUGGGAAGUGCAGGGUUCUCAGUAUUCUGAUAAUUUCCAUGCAUAUACAACAGCUCCUGGUAAUACAAAAAGAACUGCUUUCUGUGAUAACUCGUACAAACUGUAUUUUUCUAGCCUGGA